AUGACGACGCUCAACAACGACGACUUGUCUUCAGACCCCCGGACGAGGGUUAUUCGCGCAUACGGGGAAGUGGGAACCCACUUUGGAAGAAGCACCUGCCCCGAGAAGUCCAAUGCCGAGAUAGAUUCGUCAGAGGAUGGUUCCGGACGAAACAAGACCAAAUCAAGUGUGCCUUUGGGACAGGCGCUCCAUUUCGGCGUUGAAAAUGCGCACCGAUUGGAUGACGUGUUGGAAACCAAAUUCUGUGGCUGGUAUGAUUGGCUAGUGGUGUCUCGUCCCUUUCGUUUGUCAUUAUUUCCUUCGGUUGAGCCAGAGGUGGCGAGCGGUGCCUUGCAUGGUGGCCGUGCCGAGCGAUGA